AUGGCGGAAGACGAAGCACAUGAAGCCUAUACAAAAUCCGUUAUAAUGGAUUUUAAGAAGGCUGCCGAGUCACAGGAUGGGUGGAAACAGAUCUAUCGCACUGACGAUGUGAUGGUCUUGACUCAAAAAACAGAGGGGAGUAUAGUGAAAUUCAAAUGCAUCACCAAACAAGUCAAAGAUGCUGAGCCAGAGUAUGUCUUUUCCAGUCUGUGUGACAGAGAAUACUUAGCAACCAAAGAGUCAAACGAUUUGAAGUUUGAUGUUGUUGACAAAAUUGAUUGCUGCAAUGAGGUCAUCCACAGAGUACAAAAAAUGCCAUUAAUGGACGACAGAGACUUCGUAUAUCAGCUCAUUAGAUAUCACAACAAAGAAAAGACUGAUUACAUCCUUUACUCCAAAUCAGUGAACACAAAAAUUAAACCCGAAAAGGGCACAACCCGCGGGCACAUCUACGUACAAGGGACUUUAAUCACCAAAGUGCCUAAUGUCGGCACUUUAGUGUAUACCUUAUCCCACGUCGACAUGGGAGGAAAGGUUCCAAGCACUUUAAUGGGUGACACGAUGGUCAAGCAAAUGACUAAAAAGAUGUUGAAACAAUUCAAGAAGAAAGCAGAAGACUAUAAAUCGUGGCAAGCCCAACACUCCAACCUUGACCAGUAUUGGCUUCAAACUGUUGAUUGGAUGGAAGAGUAA